AUGACGGCAGAAGGAAGCGAGAAGGUGAAAGUUGCCGUUCGCGUUCGACCGUUCAAUAAAAGAGAGCUUGACUUGGGUACAAAGGCCGUUGUGCGUAUGUGCAAUGGGCAGACGAUACUAGACCAUAUCUCUGACGACAAGCAACCAAAGACAUUCGCAUUCGAUCAUUCGUUCUACUCAACAGACCCAAAUGAUCCAAAUUUUGCGGGUGAGCUGGCA